UGGAGGAAGCGGCUAGUUCCGGAGCCCAAACUCACUCUGCCCGACCCAACCUUUGCUCCAGCGAUCAUGGCUGCCGAAGAAGUGGCCGCGACGGGCGCCGACUCCGGCGAGCUGGAGGGAGGACUACUGCACGAGAUCUUCACCUCGCCCCUCAACCUGCUGCUGCUCGGCCUCUGCAUCUUCCUGCUUUACAAGAUCGUGCGCGGGGACCAGCCAACGGCCAACAGCGACAGCGACGAUGACGAGCCUCCCCCGCUGCCCCGCCUCAAGCGGCGCGACUUCACCCUGGCCGAGCUGCGGCGCUACGAUGGCAUCCAGGACCCUCGCAUCCUAAUGGCCAUCAACGGCAAGGUGUUCGACGUGACCAAAGGCCGCAAGUUCUACGGGCCGGAGGGACCCUAUGGGGUCUUUGCUGGAAGAGAUGCAUCCAGAGGCCUUGCCACAUUUUGCCUUGAUAAGGAAGCACUGAAGGAUGAGUAUGACGACUUGUCUGACCUCAAUGCUACCCAGCAGGAGACCCUCAGUGACUGGGACUCUCAAUUCACUUUCAAGUACCAUCACGUGGGUAAACUGCUGAAGGAAGGGGAGGAGCCCACUGUGUACUCAGAUGAUGAAGACCCCAAGGACGGGAGUGAUCGGAAAAACGAUUAA